CCGAUCUCGCGAGAUGUUCCCGUCUCCAUGGAGAUGGCUUCUUUGGAUAUGGCGACGACCUCGUAACUUCAGACGUUUAGCAUCUUUUGCUUUUCUUACGACAUGCACAUACUGAUGGAGUUUAACAUUAUAUGACGGCAUGAGUGUUGACAGAAGAAACAGAAAAUGCCAACAGUGGAAGAGGAAUUCUUACUAAAAGAUGUGCAUCCACAUUUGUCUGGGUUUACUCCGAGACCAGUUGAGAAACUGGCAAAGACAAAACCACCUUGUCAGCUUCUUGACUUAGAUUGCCAGCAUUUCCUUAACCGUUCAACUAAAACAAGCACACACACAUAUCCCUGUGUGCAGUAUCAGCUUUGGUUGGAAGCCGGCAAACAUGACCCUCCUUUUCCAAAAAAUUCUGAUACCAAUUACGACAGUAAUGUGUGGCGAAACUUCCGCAGAAAUUUUGGCUUCCAGACGUCUUCAAAAGGGAGGAAAAUUUCUGAUGUCAUUGCAACCAUGUAUCCACUGAACAUUCCACCUCCCUCACAGUUGAAUGACCACACAUUUGAUAGAUACAUCAAAGAAACAGCUUUAUUUAAAGAUGAAAAUAGAAAAGCCAUGGCUAUCAAACAGAUUCAGUCAGACUUACAGGAGUUUCGAAAACUGAAGUUCAAGACAGAAGCAAGAAAUCCGCCAAUAGACAAAAAAGGUAAGAUUCUCCCACCCGAGAACUUCAAGAAGUAUGUUCAUCAGUAUUUCCCCUUGCCAACCCCUCCGCCAUCACCGCCACCUCCAUUCCAGAAGACAGACAUGUUUGGGCAACGUUACAUCCCUCGCUCAGGACCAGGACUCUGGAAGCUAUCCCACAAACUAAACCAUCCAGAAUUUAAGCGACUGCAGGAGGAGAUAAAUAAGAGACGAAUAAUGAAAGAAGAGCUCAGAAAGCAGAUGACACGAGCAUUACCUUCUCCUGUGAGCUUCGAGGAUGUUCUCAGAGAAUAGACACAUCAAAAAAGCAAUCUUAUUUUGUUUGAGUGGAGAAGAAAAGAAAGAAAUGCUCUUAACCUGAUGUUUCAAGAUGUUCAUUUAACAGCACUAUCUUGCAUACUUGACUGCUUCAAUUUCUCCCAGUUUUCAACAUCUCCCCAAUGUUGACAACCCAUCUUCUAUUGCACCUGAUGUGUAAAGCAAAUCAAAUGAUAAUAAAAAUCAGUGCCUGUGUUUUAUCUUUCCACAACGCCAAAUCUUUCAAGCUCAUCAAGAGGUUGUAGUUCUUUUAGGUUCUGUGAUGGUUGACCAGGUAAUUAUGUUCUUUCAGCCAAAUCAGAGUCAUGUUGGUACUCAUGCUUAUGACAGGUUUGAUAGAAUGGCUUUAAAAAUGUAUGCUGUUUACAUGAGAUCACUUGCCUUAUUUAUUUGCCAUCUACCAUGUCUCAAGAAAAGUUGACAAUGUGCCAAAAAAUCAAACUUCCAUAACAAAUGAAAGGGCAGACAAAUCAAGAAACAUAUCUGUCAGCCAUUUCAUGAGCACAUUUCUUUGCCUCAGUGAUGAGAAUAUAAAAAUGUUUUUUCUGCUUAAACAUGAACACCAACUUGGUGACAUCAGUGGAUGGUGUUUCUAUGAAAUGUUUUGCUUCAUUCACUGCUUGUCAACCUGUCCUGCUUCCCUGUGUAAAGCUUUCAGAAAUUUUUUGGGCCAGUAGAACAUAUCCCUCCUUUGAAACUGUUGCAGUGAUGGGAAAGGAUUUUGUUCAUGAGAAAGACAAAUAUGCAGGUCUGAUUCUAAGAAGGAUCAGAUUUCAAGAAAGGUUAUUCAACUCACCGGGCCUCAGUUAUUGACUGCAUUAACAUGGAGUGAUCAAAAAAGGCGUGAUGAUAUAGCAGCAAUCCAAGAUGUCACGCUACACCACUUUCAAUUGCUAUGUCUAUUGGGAAUGGUGUGAACUGCAUAAAUUUAAUGCAGAUUCAUGUGCUUUAGUAGUGGCUUAUCUUUGUUUUGUUGAAACAGUCUUAUACUGCCUCUCGAACUGUACAAUGAGAAAAAAAAUGUGCUUCCAGUCAGAAGAUUGUGUAAAAUACAAGACAGUUUUCAUUUUAAAAAAAAGAAUGAAAGGACUUUAGGUGCCUGCUUACCUACAAGAAUAUCUUUAAUGCAUGAGGCAAAAGGGUGUGUCCCCCAAAAAAUGAUAUACAUUUUCAAGAGGUGGACCUCAAGCUUUAUAUAUUUUUAUGACAAUGAGUGUGUUGAUUUUCAAGUUAAAGUGUUGUACUGUAGAUUUUUCUAGCUAUCAAACUAAUUUUUUACAUUAGUUCCAUGACUAUGAAUUUGUGAUCAUUUAGUUAGCAACAUAUGUUUACAAUCCUCUAGAAUUAUUAAAAAUAAUCACUUGCUAGUGAAAUGUAAAUGAAAGUAUGUAUAUCUUCAGCUACUUCUGGUUCUUUUGAAUUUUUCGAUUGUAAACAAGAUGCGCUAUACAAAUCAUGCAUUUUUUAUUAUUAUUGCUUGUGAGUGGAAAGGUGUGAAUGUGCACUAAUCACACACCUCCCUCUACAUUUUGAAAACAAAAAUGUGAGAUCAAGUUUUGCAACAGAAUCAUAAAAUAAGUUUUAAUUUAUGUAAAAUAUUUUUUGUCCACAGAGUUGAUUCACAAAUCUAAGGAAUUAAAACCAAAAAAGCAAAGACAUUGCCUUUUGCAGCAAGAAUUUCAAAUGAAAGACCUCAAAAUACAUCAAAGCAACACAGCUCUUAGUUUUAUGGAUCUGUAAGUGUAAAAUACAAGCAAAUAUUGCAUUAAUUUUAUUGUUUUGCUCAGUCUUUAAGCUACCAACAUUAUAAAAUAGUAUAUAGACAAGACUGGAAAUUAUUAGCUGUCAUAAAUAUUUAUGUACCCCAUAUUCUAAGCUUUUACAUCUUGCACAUAUGUCUUUCUGUUAUAGUAAUUUAAAGAAAUAAGUUUUGUGCACCUUACAAACAAUGAACUGAACCGAAAAAGAAAAGUAAUAAGAUAUGCAGAGAUGUACAGCUUUGACAUCUAACCAAUAAUGUUCAUUGAAAUAUCAAACUGAAACUUGUGGCACAAACCGUGCUUAAUUGCUCAAGGUAAUAAAAGGGAGCUUCAAAUAAAGAAGGGAGCUUCAAAAUUUGUCCAGACUUUUGCCAUUUUUAGUACAAACACUUCAAUCUUCAGAGUACAUCUCUACAUAUAAAAUUAAAAGUAUAGAUAAAAUGACAGCUUUAACACAUCCUAUGAGACCCAAAAGCUUUGUUCAUUUAUUUCUUUUAGAUGAAACAUGGAAAUACAGUCAGGAGUUAGCAGUCCUGUUAAAUAUUCAUACAUGUACCUGAAAUUACAAGGCAAUCCGAAAAGUUAUGCACCAUGAAAAUAAUUGUUCAGCCACUGGAAUUCUACAAGAAAAGCAUUCAGCCUCGAACUUGCCAUUGAGCAUUUGCAAUGAGUGUUAUAUUUUAAGUCUUAAGACAUACAAAUGACUUGCCUCUCUAUCUUUAGUGAACACAAAUUUUCCUCUGAAAAUUCCUAGAACAGUGGUUCUUAACCUUGUUUGAGGUACCGAACCCACAAGUUUCAUAUGCAUGUUCACCGAACCCUUCUUUAGUGUCAUCAUGAAUUGCAGGUGUGUCUUGACCUCCGGGCUGAGGCUCCGCCAAACCCCUGAGACCAACUCACUGAACCCCUAGGGUUCAAUCGAACUCCGGUUAAGAACCACUGUCCUAGAAGUAUUACAUUUUCCUAUCCAUGUGAACCUGUACAUAUGCUGAAAUUUCUAUUCAUUUCAUGACUAAACUGUAUUAAAUAUAUACAUAAAAGCGUUAAAUACAUUUUCUACUGCAUUUUGCCUUAUUUUAUUAUCAUCCCUGAAAGAAACAUCUGCUUUAUUUUGCACAUUUUACCAUUAACAAUAAAUGAUGGCGAAUGAAUAACUUUUUGUGUAAGGGGUGCUCAAGGACAAACAUUCGACGUUAAACGUUUGCAUUUAUGUGCCAGACCAUGAUCUGUUGAUACAUAAGUGAUAUGGCUAAAAUAACAAUUUUUUAUUAAUGUGUGGAUAACAUUACCCAAACUAGGACUGUAUUAUCUUUCAAUUUCUGCUUGGAUGACCUUGUUGUAGAUACAACAAACUGAGCUCUCAUGCAGAAUGUUACAAAUAACCCAGGUAUUGUGCUUAGUUUUGCACUUGAAACAAUUUACAAAGGCAUCCAAAAAAAAAAAGGAAGAGAUGACAAUCUUGAUGACAGUCUCCAAUUAUGAAAGAUCAGCAGAAACUGACAUACAAAGUUUUAAAACAUUUUCAAUAAAAUUGCCUUUUGAAGUCAAAGAGAAAAAACAUUUGCUUAUAUCAAAACAGCAACAAGAAACACAUUUUUUAAAUUAUGCUAUUGGUAACUUAACAAUGUUUCACUGCAGCAUUUUGGCAUUACCAGACCAUUAGAGCCAACUCUUUCAGUUUUUUACUGUUUAUGGUAAUAGAGAAUAUUUGUAUGUACAAAUAUAAAAUAAACAAAUCCCAAUCUUAUUCAUACACUGUUCUGUUUAAAAAUAUUUAUAGUUUUAUUCACAGUGUUUUUUAAUUUUAAUCAACCACAGAUUGACAAGCAGGAACUCCUAUAUAAUCACAUCCAGCCUCUGAAAAGAAGUUUUCAAGAUAUUACUUGAAGGUGUAAUGUAGGAAAUUAAUUUUCCUUAUGAUGGCCUACAGUUGACUGCUUGCACUCUCCUUUAAAUUAACAACACAAGAGAACAAAAACAUUACAAAUUUUACAAUUUCACUUAAAUGCCCAGACUUUAUUUUCACUUAACAGCUAUUUAGAAUUACCUAGCUAAUUUAAGCAUCAUGUAUUUUUGUAAAAGGCGGGCACAACCCCUUUCAGGCCUGUGAGACAAGCCAUGCUUAUACAUCAGAAGAUUCAUUUCUCUUCUUCACUCAUUUCUGUUGUCACUCCAAUGAUAAUCCAUGGUUUCAAUUUACAGGGGCGGACAAAACAAUCUGGCAGGCAACAUUACAAAAUCAAAUCAGCAUCUCUAAUUUUGAAUCAUGCAUUUCUGUUGAAGUUACUUGCUCUCUUUUUUUCACAUGCGCGCGCACACACACACACACAUAUAUAUAUCACAAAAGUUUAGCCAUGUAGACAGGAGUCCAAAAUUUUCUGCAUAAUGUUCACGUAAGUGGUGCACUGCUCUUCAACAACAACAAAAAAGUUUUAAGUUGUACUUCACAUCUAGCUUCAUGGAAAAAGUACAAUGAAAUUUAGAUUUAUGCAUAGCAUACUCAUAUUACAAACAUUCUCAACCAAGAAUCCCAAAGCACAAUCUAGAGAGAUGGGGGGGGAAUUGGUGUUUUACGCCGUGCCAGCAACUGAGGCUAUAUUACGGCAAGGCACCCAGCCCUGUAAACAGAUGCCACGUGCAGAGAAAGAACAGCGUGCCCGAGACGAGAAAUGAACUCAGGGCAGCCAACCUUCACUGUAUUGGUGACAGGCACUAACCGUUGCGCCACCGGACCGCUAAGCACAGUCUAGAAUCCUUUACCAAAGAAAAAGGGUGUUUCAAAAGAACAUGUAAGAUUCAGCUCACCUCAAGUUUACUUUAAUCUUUAGAUUUUAAGGCUUUUUCUGAGUGAACAGACGAAUUAAAGCUUUGAAGAAAACAGGUCCAUAUCAUGAGCUUAAAAGAAGAUGCACUACAUUAAAAUCCUUUACCCUAUGUUUAAAUCCCAUAGCAGCUACCUCUCUCCCUUUCAUUAAUAAAUUACCAACUAAUAAAAAUUCAACAUAAAUGUUCCAGCUCAAAGUUAUGACAAGAAAAAUGCAAAAUAAGAAAAUGGGAUUUUAGUUAUUUUAAAGUCAUUGAUUAGGCACAAAAGGAACUUUCACUGGAAACUUAACAAUUACACAUAUAUUUAUGCAUUUAAGGACCCACCUGUCUACCCCACCCAUCUGCAGCUACACAAAAAUACUUUUCAGAUCAUUUUUUAAAUUUCUAGCUAAUGGUCUAGAAAAAGACCAUUCCAAAGCUAGGUUUUCUCACUAAUAUCACACUAAAAUUUUUCACUUUUAUAGCAAUCACACCAAUCCAUAUACAAUUCACCUUACAUAUCUUCUUUCCCUUGGAUUUAUUUGCUUUGUAAUUUUUUUCUAAGUAGCUAAGUAUUAGCAUCAACUUCCCUAUGCUUGGAAUGUUAUCAGAAGUGCAGCAUGAGAAAAACAGUCUGAAUAUUUCAAAAGUUGUGCUAGGAAAAAAAAAAAA